AUGUGGGGGUCCCCAGCAGUUGUCUGGGCCAUCUGCCUCAUCUGUGUUCAGCCUGCAGUGUUGCCACAGAUCCUCACCUUCUGGUCAAACAGGGACAGGCCACGCCCUGCACUUGAAGUGUCCACAGCCGGGGUGGAGUGCUUCUCAGACUACAUGACCCUGCAGAUCCCAAGCAGCCACGUGCAGGGCUUGAGGCGGUGGCUGGGCAGAAUCCUGCACUUGCCAGGCAGCUGGAGGACCCCUGAGCGCCAGGAUUCUCUUUUGGUUAAAUGCGGCUACUCUCUGCACCCCGCUUCUGGUGGCGACUUUGUUUUCCGAGCUCAGUACUCCGCCUGCUCCGUGCGGAAGGAGAAAGCAAAUUACUGGUUGGAAAUCAGACUAUUUCAAAAAGGGGUGAAAGGGUCGAAGUGGAGUGACGGCUGCAUAAUGAAGUGUCCAGUGGUCGUGUCAGGGCUGAGCCAACAGAGCRUCCACUGCGGCCCCACGUUUAUUCAGGUCUCCCGGCCCUUGCCUCUGAGGAGCAACAGUGGACAGACCCCCUGGCUGCUGUCUCUUCGAGGGGAGUUGGUGGCUUCCCUGGAGGAUGCCAACUUGAUGGGAUUGUAUGUGGACAUCAAUGCCACCUCAGUCACCGUCCAAAGCCCCAGACAAGACGUUCUUCAGAGGCAGGAGGUGCUGAACACCUCCUUGGAGGUACUGCCACUCUGGCUGGUGAGCGGUCACUAUGCCUACUCCUUAGAGGCCGCUUGCCCAGUGGUUUCAUCCCAGCCAGAGACAGACGUCUCCGUCCACAUCCCCAAGCAGAGGCUGGGUCUGGUCAAGAGAGGUUCCCGCAUCGAGGACAGCCUGAACCUGAAACUCCUCCGUGUCCACCAGUCUGACACCUUCACGGUGACUGAGAGCAGGGAUUUCGUGAUGGUCAGCAUCCCGGCGGCCACGCUGCUCCAAGUCCAGCCAUGCCAGCAGGCCCGAGGAGCCCCAGGGACACAAGCUUUCUAUAAGGUGGACCUGAACCUGGAAUUUGCCGAGGUGACUGCCCCGGUCCUCUGGACGGUGGAGAACGUCUUCCAGUGCACGGGUUCUGGAACAGAGUUGCCUGCCUCAACAGCUCCGCCGAGGUCUCCUCCAUCUUCCCCAUCCCCAGGACUGGACACUCCUCCAGCAAGAGUGCUGUCGGCUGCCUCCUCCCCGUUCCAGGGUACGGGACCUGCUGCCCAGGAGCAGCCUUUGCAGGGGCCUGUGCGCUGGUCUUCUGGAGAGCUGACCAAGGAGGACCCUGGACUGAUCCUGCGCACAGCCAGACCUGCGGGAGGAGGCUGGGCGUCCACCAUCUCGCCUCUCCCCAGAGCAAGGCCAGCAGUCUCUCCUCGAUGGCCUCCUGGGAGGUCCAACCCCCCCAAAGUGUCCCUGGGCUCCGAACAAUCUGUCACUGAAGAUCCAGGACCUACGAGGCCUAAGCAGGACCCCACGCAGCCAUUGGGAAGUCCCCUCCUGCUAGGAGGGGAUGUGGCUUCACCAGAGCCCCUCCCGGGGGGGCCUCCCCAGGCCAGCAGAGCGCUCCAGCCUUUGACGAGGCACUUGGAGGCCAGGCUGGCCCAAGGGACCCUCAAGGAAAGGUCCUCUGUAACAGGGUCCAAAGAACCACCCCGGAGUGGCCGUGGCCUCUCCCAGGAGGGGGCCGGAGGGAACCUGGGCCCAUUAUCCCCAGAACCAAGUCAGGACAUGGAGGGGCAGGGACCAAGAGAGCAGCAGACAGCCACCAGGGACCCUCUGGGGGCCUCAGAACCUGAGUCCUCUAAGGGGCACGAAGUGGACCCAACAGCCCCGCUGGCAGCUCUUGGGGAGAGUCCUCUGGCCUCUUCCUCUGAGGAGCCUGCAGUGAGGGCCCCAGACCUGGAGUCAACCUCCAAGUGGCCCGUGAGCUGGCAUGGGUCGGGGGCUGCACACACGCCCAGCCCUUCGCCUCUGCAAACCCUGAGCCCUCGGGCUCCUGCGGAGACCACGUCACCCCCCACGCUUGAGCCUGGAAAGCCUUCCUCCGCCAAUCCGGGGGCCUCGCUGCAGCGGGAGCCGACAGAGCCCACACUGGCCACCAGCCCUGAGAGUCACGGGACUCCUGGACUCCGGCACGUGGGGAGGGCUCUCUGAGAGCCCCGGGAGGGCCUCCUUGGAGAUGCUAGGGGUGAGUCUUGGGAGGCCCCAAGAAGGGGGUGCAGCGGGGUGUGAGGUCUGCUUGGUCCUCCCAGGGGGAAGGGCAGCUGAGUGCAGGACAAGGCCCUGGGCCUCCCCUGGGCUCUCCUGGCCCAAACCCGUUUCUAUGCUUGCUCUUGCAGUUAAAGGGGUGCGACAUUGAGGCCAGGUGCAGGCUCCCCGGCUAGGCCUGCUGGAGUCCAUUGUCUCUACUCCGGCUGUGUGACCUUGGCUAGGCACCAGCCUCUCUGAGCCUCACUUUGGGAUCAGUCAAAUUGGGAAGGUUCUAGAUCUCCCCUGAUGGAGCUGUUGAGGGAUGAUGAGGAACUGACCUAAGACUGGAAUGCAGAGCCCUGCGCACAGUGUGGCCUCAGAACCCCAGCACCCUCUGUGCUGUCUCCCAGGCCCAGGAAGGCAAGGGAGGGCUUCAGCCAUAGUCAGACAUCUGUGUUGGGGCACGGUUCCGUGGCAGGUGACCCCCUCCAGGGGCCUCAAAGGGACCCGACCCCAGCUGUGGGCAGGACCCCAUGAGGGGAAGUGGGGAUGGCCCUGCUCUGCUCUCUCAAUGCUCCCUGGCUCCGGUUUCCUGGUGCCAUGCUGGUGUGGACAGCCCCAUGACCUCUGAUGACCCAGUGCCCUCCGGCUGCCUGCCCAGAAGCCCCGCUGUGGCCGGAACCACACUCGGUGCUUCCCUGGAAGGGUGGAGCCCCCUCCCGCUAGGGCCGACCCAGGGCUGGAAGUGGGAUUUGAAUCGCGGCCAAGGAGAGGAGCCAUUGGCGACGCCCUCCCGGAACGAGGACUAAAUAAAUAAAUAAAUAAAU